GCCAUGUGGUGUUGUGUCUGAGGGCAGCUUGCUAGACCUGUUUGCUGAGGGAGCAUUUGGCACCAAAAUAGCUGAAGAAAUUUUAGAAAAAUAUCUAAAAAUCCAGGAAGCGGUGCUAAGUGGAGAAGAUGUCUCUGACAGUGACAUGUUCUUCCUCCUUGAUGCCACCCGCAGAAGGGAUCGGCAUGAGAACAAAGAGGCAGCCACAGACGUGGGCUUGUCGGAGGCUGUUCAGGCAAUGCCCAGGAGUGCUUCAGAUCAUGAUGAACUCAUGUCAACUGGCUUGCCAGACACACCCUCAGCAGACAGGCUACAAGGCAUGGCACACCUUGAGGAGCCUGCUGCAUGUGCAGACAGUGGCGGUGACAGCAACAGCAUUGACUCAGACGACGACAGCGACGAUGCCCGGCCGGCGGCCCCACUCCGUCGCCGCCUGGUGCUGCAGCCAGAGGAGGUGCUGUUCCUGUCGCACGCGCUCGGCUGCGUGCGGGUGCGGACGGCGAGCGGCGAGGUGCUGGCCAGUGACGCGCUGUUUGGCCACCUGGCGGCGGGUGACCGCCACCUAGCGGCGCGCUACGCGGCGUACCUGGCGCUGCGCGGUCGGGGCUGGGUGGUGCGCGAUGGCCUGCUGUCCGGAGCCGACUUCGUGGUGUACAAGCGCGGUCCGGCCUUCUACCACGCGUCGGUGGUGGCCUCUGUCCAGGUGCUCAGUCUCGAGACGCGGCGGCCGGUGGCCGAGCGCAACUGGCGCUCCUGCAGCUGGCUGUACGUGGCCGGCCUCUGUCGCACCGCCGAGCAGGCGGCCAAGGACGUGCUGCUGGUGCGGCUGCUCUGGCCGGACGGGCUGGAGCCGGCCGGCAGUCUCGCCUACCUGAGGCUCGUCAGCGUGGAGGAGGUGCUGGUCCAGCGCCGCACGCCCAGGCGCGAGCCGGAGAGGGGCCCCGGCGGGCAGACCUGAGGCUCGCCAGCAUGGAGGAGGUGCUGUUCCAAUGUUGAUGUGGCUGUACGUGAGGGGAGGGACGGAACUUAUGGUGGCUUCGCCGCGAGGCAAUGAGAGGGAUGUGUAUAUUAUUGUGUGUUGGCUUGUUUUGGCGUUGGUGGUUCGUACUUACGGUUGUUGGUCACUUGUGUGUGGUAGUUAUGUAAUUGACAUUCAUGAACUUUACUUUUGAUUUGUAAUAGUAUUUUAAUUGGUAUUAUGUAGUGUUAAGUUGAAAUACGCAAUAGCAUUGAUAAAGAGGACGCGUGAAUGUCGCGUGGAAAGCUGUCACAUUUCAGGUUCAUUCACGCAAGAGCAUGUGAUUGAAUCGCUGGGGAGGAGUCACCUCAGACCUGCCGGGGAGCGUGGUGCAUCUAUCCGCGGGUGUCACGUGUUUUUGUUCGUCUCCACUGCGCGACUGCGGUAUUUUUGGUUGUGUUUGGCCCGUGCGCCUGUUCUAGACAACACGCCAGGACAACGAAUGAUCGACCAUUCCCUGCAUACGCAGACUCCGUCAGACGUGGAACAUUCGGCGCUCAACAUUGGACAUUGACACAUAUUAACCGCCUAGCGCUCGGGGCUGGUCGUUCUUGCGUCCGUCCUUAAACUAUGUGAGCCAGACGGAGGAAUCGCAGACCUUUCGGCGGUUUAUUAAGAUUCCCGACGCUCUUCUGUUUUGUUUCUAGAUUACCUCGCGUUCGUCCGCAUAUUCGCAUAUUAUUUCCGAUCCGUUUUGUGCUCUUAGGAGUACUCGUAAUAUGACAUAUUACCAUGAUCACGUGGUAUACCAAUGUGAUGAUAAUAUGUGUUCUUUGCAUUGGUAUGAGUUGCGUACCUGUGCGUGGGAUGUUAAAAAGUAUGGCUGCUAUCAGGAUCCCCCUGUUUCAUUCUUUGUCCGUUCGUGUCGAUGAUGAAUCGGUCGGGUGACCGCGGAUAAAUUACAGUGAAAAAAAGAUUUGGCCUGGCUCCUGGUUGCGUGAACGAGCAAAGAAAUAAUCAAGAAAAGAGAGAUUUAGAUGGGAGAAUC